GCAGCCGCCAGCUCGGGCUCGGGCCACCUCCCAGCCGCAGCCGCAGUCGGGGCGGCGCGGGAGGGGGGCGGGGAAGGGACCGUGGGAAUCGACCCCUUAUUUGGAUCUGGGGCGGGGGCAUCCACCACCUCUGACCCCACCAACCGCCAGCCCCUCGUCACUUCCCAAGACGGUGGGAGCCGCUCUCCCGGAGGACGCGCGGUUCCCGGCCGCCGCCGGGCAUCUUGGCGGCCAGUCAGGCUGGACACCGGGCACCUGCGACGCUCAGCCCCGCCGUGCCCCUGGGCAUCCGGAGCAGCGACUGUCUCCGGCGCCAACCAGCUUCCCGCGGCUGCGGGGCGGAGGGUGGGGGUGGGGGGCUCUGCCAGCUUUCCCCGGCCCCCGGCCGGGACACUCCCGUGAGCGCCCCGAGACCCCCCGCCCCACGCCAGCCGCUGUGGCCGCCGCGAUGCUGCCCUGGAGACGGAACAAAUUCGUGCUGGUGGAGGACGAGGCCAAGUGCAAGACGAAGAGCCUGAGCCCCGGGCUGGCCUACACGUCGCUGCUCUCCAGCUUCCUGCGCUCCUGCCCGGACCUGCUGCCCGACUGGCCGCUGGAGCGCCUGGGCCGCGUCUUCCGCAGCCGGCGCCAGAAAGUGGAGCUCAACAAGGAGGACCCCACCUACACCGUGUGGUACCUGGGCAACGCCGUCACCCUGCACGCCAAGGGCGACGGCUGCACCGACGACGCCGUGGGCAAGAUCUGGGCGCGCUGCGGGCCGGGCGGGGGCACGAAGAUGAAGCUGACGCUGGGGCCGCACGGGAUCCGCAUGCAGCCGUGCGAGCGCGGCGUCUCGGGGGGCUCGGGGGGCCGCAGGCCCACGCACGCCUACCUGCUGCCCCGCAUCACCCACUGUGCGGCGGACGCGCGCCACCCGCGCGUCUUCGCCUGGGUCUACCGCCACCAGGCGCGCCACAAGGCCGUGGUGCUGCGCUGCCACGCCGUGCUCCUGGCGCGGGCGCACAAGGCGCGCUCCCUGAUGAGCGAGGCAGAGGAAAGGGGCUGGCACCAGGCAGCCUUCGGAUUCCUGCAAGUGGGCUGGACCAGUGGUUUUCAAACCACAUUCGGCAAGUACCAGAUUUCCCAGCAGUGCCCUAAGGCCUGCUGA